UCUGUUUACAGUGCCAAACCGGAAAUCGUUGUAAAAGCAACAUGGAACUAUGCUAAAUGAGAACUACAUGGUGACUAGCGUGUCUAUUUUACGCCAAAUCGAAAUAAAUGUGUCUCGAUUCAACUAUAUUUUCAGACCCCACCCCAAAAUGUCGAAACCUGUCCUCCUAACCAUCCAUCAAGUAUUGAGAAAAAGCUUCCAUAAUCUCGAAAACCACCAAAAGAUGUGGACGAGCGUUUUAGCAGAGUGCAUCCCUCUGAUGGCAUCUCUGGAGAACUUAGCAGAGCAAUCGAGGGCGCUUUCCAACAUCCAGAUCUCCAAUACGCCUCUGAAAGACUUUCCAGAAGUAGAGGAACUGCUGCGUUUCAAGCUCUUGCAAGCCAUGGAUACGCUGUUGUGCAAACUCCAUGAAAAUAUGGCUUCACUCCACUCACUGAGAGACUCACUGACUAACCAGGUCUUAACAGUUGUCCAGUUGUAUGAGCAAAAUACAGAUAGUCUGGAUUUGGUCACUGUCACCGAGCGCUCAGCCAUCAUCCCAUCCGUCGUGGACAUGCUGGAGUGGCUCCAGGAUGCUGAGCGUCACUAUCGACGACAAUUCAUAAGGAGGAAGACGCUGCUGCACACACUCAGUUCAGGCAACCUCGAUUUUUUGGGAUCUUCUACUAAGAGAUGGAAAGACUUGGACUCACCCACUGAAGAGGAUCGCAUCACAGAUACACUUUGCAAAGUCUCCUUCUUCAUUGGAUCUGGCUGAAUGGCGGAGAAAAGAUGAGUGCAGUGCUUGCACUCUCAAAGGAACAUUGCAAUGGACAGCUGAAAAUAAUAAUAGGAUCCUGUUUUUUGUUUUUUUUCAAAUUUAAUACAUUUCAUAAUACAGCUCACAAAAAGGACAAACAGAUCCACACUAACAAACUGCUUUUAUUUCACAUUUGGGAAUUUUCUCAAUCAAGGCUUUAAAUGACAGGAAAUAACUAGGUAAAACACAAAACAGGCCAUCAUCGAAACCUUUGGGGGUCUUUGAAGACAAUACUGUAUUUUUUUUUCAGGCACUCAUUUUAUAAAUAUACAGACCACAAGUUUAAAUACAAAUAAAUACAGUGAAUGUUGACAUAAAUAA